AUGGCCCCAGAUGCGCUGCGGCGAGCUUCUCCCUGGCUUUGGAGCCUCUUCGUCUCCGGCCACCUGGCGCAAGGUGGGACGUCUAACGUCCCGUGGUGUGCCCCGCUUCCCGGGCGUAGCUACGGCAACCACGUGCUCCUUGUGGAGAGGGAUGCUUUGAGUCACCUUCCCUUGCCGGCGGGCUCCAGCCAUGAUGCUGGGGAUUGGGAUAUGGAUGGCGAUGUGGACGUCGUGGUGGGGGAUGCGUCUGGCAGCCUGCACUACUUCGAGAACUUGGGAGACAACCUGGCAGAGCGGUCCGGACGCGACAGCCCGUUCCACUCGGUACGAGUGCCAGGUCUAGCUGUGCCGCGGCUUGUGGACUGGGACGGAGAUGGCGACUUAGAUCUCCUAGUUGGUGCCGAGGAUGGACAGGUCUACUUCUACCAGCGAAUCGACGAGCAUGCCUUGCUCGACAGGGGUCCUGUGUAUUCCGCCCUCUCCGGUCCCUUCGGCUUCAGCGUGGUGGACUGGGACGGCGAUGGUGAUCUUGAUCUGAUCGCCUGUGGAGACAGCCCCAAACUUCGCUACUUCGAACGUUCGGCACCGGAGGAACUCGUGGAGCUGACCGGGCUCGCGAACCCGUUUGCAGGCUUCCAGGUGCACAAGCAGGACGAAGCCUGCCACAUCCACACUGCGGACUGGGAUGGGGACGGUGAUGCAGACUUCAUGUAUGUCGGCGAGAACCUCCGCUACUUCUCGCGGACUGCACGGGGCACGCUGGUGCAGCGGCAGCUGCACCUCAAUCCCUUCUACGACCUUCAGCGCCGGGAUGUGAACCUCCAACAGCUCAGCUUCGUGGACUGGAAUGGCGACGGGGCCUUGGACAUCAUUGUCAACAAUGUCCAGUCCAACUCCAGCCUCCGCCUUUUCGUGCGUGAGCGGGUGCUACAAGGAUUGGUGGAGGGAGAAUGGGCGGGCCCUCAUGGACUGGCUGAGCCCGGCGGUGUGGCGAGAUUCUACGUACCUUGUGCCGUAGACUGGGACGGCGACGGCGACAUCGACUUGCUGGUGGGAUGUAGCAAUGGCACCGUGGACUACUACGAGCGCACGUCUCAAGGACUUGUUCAUCGCCAGGGGGGCGCAAACCCGUUUGAUGGCAUCAUGUCCAAUGUUGUCGCUGUACCACGUGCGGUGGACUGGGAUGGCGACGGGGACAUGGACCUUCUCUUGUCGGGCUUCCACGCAGACGGAGAUGAGGAUGCAUCCGUGCGCUUCUUUGAGCGCCUGAAGGAUGGCAGUCUGAUUGAGCGCGUGGGACUUGAGAAUCCCUUGCAUGACUUCGUGGCGGAUGGAGAAAUGCUGGUGGUGCCACGACCCAUCGAUUGGGACUCUGAUGGGGAUGUCGACUUCUUGGUUGCAGGUGCUUCCGGCCAGAUUCGCUACUUCAAGCGCUUGGAUGACGGGUCUUUGCAGGAGCGCCUUGGCGCAGAGAACCCCUUCGACGGAGUGGAUGUCGGCCUGGGUAGCGCCGUGGAGGUGGCAGACUGGGACGGAGAUGGCCAGCUCGACAUCUUGGUUGGGACCCAUCGCGGGCGCGUGCGCUUCUUCCGGCAGCUUGAAAAUCAGAGCUUCUUGGAGCUGACCGGGGACCUGAAUCCCCUGGCAAGAGUGAAGACAGUCAGAGCACGCUUCUCCGUGAUGCCAUACGUUGCCGAUUGGGAUUCGGAUGGAGAUUCUGACUUUCUGGCUGGGGUAUUCACCGGUGACUUCUCAGGGGUACUGGUAUUCAAUCGGGGCCAUUGCUCCCAGCACGAUUGGUGCCUGUCACGGGGCUUCACCAAGGGUACGUCCGACACAUGCUCCUGCAUCCUGGGCUACGACCUCAAGGACUGUUCAGGCUGUGAUGAGAGUUACUUCUCGGCACCACCGGCUGCAACGCUGUCCCGGGAGUGUUUACCCUGCCCGGGUGCAGAGGACGGCUUCGUGUGCUCGAGGAGGGGCCACUGCCAAGACGAUGCAACAGCUCUCCGCAGCUUGCAAGGCAGUCGCCAGAGUCGCCUUCAGCUGGCCACCAUCACUGGCAACGGCUCAUGUGCUUGCAAUCCUCCCUUCUCAGGGGAUGGCUGUGAGAACGGUGAGUGCCCACCCGGGCAGCAGUACGCCCAGGAGGAGCUCUUCAUGUGUCAGCCAUGUUACCCAGGUUGGUUCAAGGCAAAGCCGGGCAACAUUGAGCAGUGCAAAAUCUGCGAGGCCGGUCACUUCUCGUCUCGAUUUGGUAGUGCGGUUUGCUCCAGGUGCCGCAGUCCAUAUUUCCGUUCUGUCGUAGACCUUACCAGAACCUCCUGCGAUUUCGCUGCCAUCAACAUCCCCAUCGCCAUCGGGGUCGUGCUGUGCUCCAUCCUCCUCGUCCUUCUGUUGCCGUGGAUGUUCUGUCCUACUGUGCCGCUGGCAGACGUCCGGUUGCAGCCGGCCGGCGUCACUAUCUCGACAACAGGAAGACACUGGCUGCUUGACAAUCGACUUGCCAGGGUCUCCUUUCGGCACACAGAAGUCCCCUGGCUCGACCAGGGAAGUUACACCGUGAAGCUUGUGAGCGAGCGCCAGCUCCUUCUUUGUGACAAGCAAGGCAACGCCGUUGCUACGGACACAGACACAUCCUGUGGUACUUUACACUUCUGGCCCUGCCACUCCGCCCGCAUGACCGGGACGUUUGGAGUGCCAUUCACUUGCUGGAUGUUGCUGCUGUGGGGCUGCUUGGCCGGUAUCCUUUACAUGGCCAACAUAUGGCAGGAGAGCCACGGCUUCUAUGCCACCUACCUGGAGCUCUUCAUGAUGUGCAUCGGGGCCCUUGCGGCGCUUGGCUUCAGCUGCUGGAGACAGAGAGCUCUCAAGCACACGGACUUGCAACGGGACCUUUGCAGCUUCGAGCGCCAGCUACAGGACCUCCACCACAACCCACAGCGGUCCUGCCCGCGGGGGCAGGAGCGUGGCAUCACCGCCGGCCAGCUCUGGGACUUCUUCAUCUUCUGGCAGUCCUACAUCUGCAGCCGAAACAUGUACUACGUGGUGUCGAACAUGGUGAAGCCCCUGACAAGGCACCGCAAGGUCUCCUACGUUGAGCUCGCUGGGUCCUGCUGUCUCCAGUGGUUCGUCAGUCACUACUGGGGCACGCCCUUCUGUCACUUCAUCGGCACGGUGCGGAAGCACGCCGAGACUCUAUCGGAUCCCAGCCCGGUCUCAUGGAUGCUGGCAUCCUAUUGGGUGUGCUCCUUUGCGAACAACCAGUGGCGGGUGGACGAGGAGGUUGGCUUCAGCUGGGACCAGUCCUCCUUCUACCUGGCCUUGCGCAGUGGAACGUGCAUCGGCACAGUGAUGGUCUUCGACAACGAUGCCCUGCCCCUCACCAGGUCCUGGUGCCUCUUCGAACUCCUCCAGACCGCGGAAUUGAGCCGAAACAACCCGCGCUUUGUGGGUCUGCAGAUCUGUACGCCCUCUGGGGUCAUGAGCCUGGGCCAUCGAUGUAUGACACAUGUUUUAGCACGAGAACCUGCAGGAAGAAGACUAGUGGUACCAUAUAUAUAUAUAUGUAGAUAUAGAAUAUAUAGAAAACACUUACAAAAGUUUUUUUCAUCUAAUAUAUGA